ACGGCAGACGACUAAAACCACGGCCAACGUCAGAGCCGAUUGUCGUUGUCGUCAACAUGGCGGACGGGGACUUGCUCGUCACUAUUUCGGGCGCGGCGCUUUCGUUGCUGUUCUACGAAAAUGUACGCAGCGUCGGUGAGCAGAUGGGCUUUCUCCUUGGCGAGGCGCUCGAGUUCAUCGUUAAGACUUAUACCGACUCCGACAAUCAAGUGGAGACCAUCAAGAUUCACAUUAACGUGGAAACCAUUAUGACAUGUCCUCUGAGUGAUAUUUUGUAUGACUCUAGUGGUCGGAUUAACAAAGAGAAAUUGAAGGAUUUUGUACGUGAUAAGAGCAGGCAGGUGAUUGGUUGGUUCCGUUUCCGUAGAAACACCAGUAACUUGACUCCAACAAUGAGGGACAAGGUAUUGCAUAAGCAAUUUGCCUCGCAUUUCUCUAGUGGAAAUGGUUGUAGGGAAGAUUUCUUUCUCACUUGCCUCCUCAACGCGUCCAUCUCCGAAACACGUGGCACCCAUAAGUUCCGACAUGUGUUCUUAAGGCAUAAACGAGGGAUGUUCGAACCGAUUCCUUUGAGAAUAAACAAUUUAGGUGAUGAUGCAUCUAGACACGAUGGCUCAGAUUAUAAGCCAACACCUGUUAGGAAAUCUGCACGCUUACCUGAUGGCUUUACCGAACUGAUAGAAUCUUUAAAGUUGGAUAUGAUGAGAAAAAGUGGAUUAGAUUCCGCUAUGAUGAUCCAGAAAGCUGCCGAACAGCAUCUAAUGUCACUGAUUCCGAAAGUAUGCGAGUCCGAUCUGGAAGUAGCUGAAUUGGAGAGGCAAGUGCGCGAACUAAAAGACAAGAUCAUGGGGCAGCGAUUGAUCAGGAAAAUGAAGAUGAACGGUGAGAGCUACGAGAGGACUUCUAAAGCAAAUAGGGAGAAUUGCUUUUCAGAGAAAAUCGAUUCCUCGACGAAAGACGAGAUGAAAAUCAGCGAUGACAUGCGUCUCCAGAAGGAACAAAUCCCAUCCUGUGCUCAGCCAGUUACCUCUAACAGCUGGACACAGUCCCGCAAUACUGCCGCUUGUAUCGCUAAAAGCGUUACAAAUCAAGAAAAAAUACGUCGAGGACGUGGCAAUCUGCAGGAAGAUAGCAACCAGCAACAAGAUGUUACGCAGAAUUCCCCCUGUACUAAUAGUAGGCGUUCCGUUCCGGAAAUUGUCACCGAGUCAAUCUGCCAGGAAAAUAAUGAGGCAAGCAUGGGUAGAGGUAGAGGUCGAGGUCGAGGCAAUCCCGAUUUCAUGCCAGGAAUGAAGAAAGGACGUCGUAAUCCAAACACAUCCCAGGUGCAUUCCCGAGAAAGAAGCAUUACUCCGGAACAAGAUUUCUCUGACGCCGAAUGUUCUGCUGCCGUAUCCCUUAGCUCCACCGUUCUCAGAUCUUGCCAGGUAGCAAAAAAGACAGAUCUGGACAAAUGCAACACAAGGAAGUCAUUGGACGACAUUUGAGUGGAGAAACCAAAGCCUGGAAAAAUUGUGCUUUCAGGUUCUCUCAAACUUCAGAUGUUCAAAAAUUCGAAGAUUUGAAAGAAUCUGAAAGAAAUACAAGGAACAAAGAUAUUCUAGUGUUAUAGAAAGUGCAGGAUCGAAGGAAAUUGAA